UCAUCUCGUCACCACAAAACAUGUCCACGCCAGCCGAUAUCGAAGCCGAGAAGAACAUUGAGAUCUGGAAGGUCAAGAAGUUGAUCAAGUCGUUGCAGAUGGUGCGAGGCAACGGGACCUCGAUGAUCUCGCUUAUCAUCCCGCCAAAGGGCCAGAUCUCGCUAAACCAGAAGAUGUUGACGGACGAAUACGGGACCGCGUCCAACAUCAAGUCGCGUGUCAACAGAUUGUCUGUACUCACGGCAAUCACCUCCACCCAGCAAAAGUUGAAGUUGUACAACAAGGUGCCGACCAACGGGUUGAUCAUCUACUGCGGUGAAGUCAUCACCGAGGAGGGCAAGGAAAAGAAGUUGACCAUUGACUUUGAGCCGUUCAAGCCGAUCAACACCUCGCUCUACUUGUGUGACAACAAAUUCCACACCGAAGCGCUUUCCGAGUUGAUGGAGAACGACGACAAGUUUGGGUUCAUCGUCAUGGAUGGUAACGGUGCGCUCUUCGGUACGCUUUCGGGUAACACCAGAGAGGUUUUGCACAAGUUCACCGUGGAUUUGCCAAAGAAGCACGGCAGAGGUGGUCAGUCUGCGUUACGUUUCGCGCGUCUCAGAGACGAAAAGAGACACAACUACGUGCGUAAGGUUGCAGAGACGGCCGUCCAGAACUUCAUCACCGCCGAUAAGGUGAACGUGGCUGGUUUGAUCUUGGCCGGGUCCGCCGAUUUCAAGACUGAUUUGGGAAAGUCUGAGUUGUUCGACAACCGGUUGGUUGCCAAGAUCAUCAAGGUGGUGGAUGUGUCGUACGGGGGAGAGAACGGUUUCAACCAGGCAAUCGAAUUGUCGGCCGAGACUCUCUCCAACGUCAAGUUCAUCCAGGAGAAGAAGCUCAUCACGAAGUACUUUGACGAGAUUUCCCAAGACACUGGGAAGUUCUGCUACGGGAUUGACGAUACUUUGAAGGCGUUGGACUUGGGUGCAGCCGAGAUUAUCAUCGUUUACGAGAACUUGAACACCAUCAGAUAUACCUUGAAGGACUCUGAAGGUACCGAGGUUGUUGCUUUCCACAGCCCAGACGCCACAGACAAGGCGUACUUGGAGGACAAGUACACCGGCGGUGAGAUGGAGGUUGUCAAGGAAGAGCCAUUGUUGGAAUGGCUCGCAGAGAACUACAAGAACUUUGGUGCCACUCUCGAGUUUGUCACCGACAGAUCCUCCGAGGGUGCCCAGUUCGUCAAGGGCUUCGGUGGUGUCGGUGCCUUGUUGAGAUACAAGGUUAACUUUGAGCAAUUGGUUGAUGAGUCGGACGACGAGUACUUCGACAGUGACGAGGACUACAUCUAGUGGUGUGUAAAUUAAUCUAACCUAACUAAAGGGGGAUAGCUAACUGAGAUUGUACUUGAACAAAUGUUAAAUUAUAAUUCAGGUUGCCAGAUAUGAUUCAGAUUGUUGGAUAUAAUUCAGAUUGUCGGAUAUUGAGAGGAAUCAUAAUGUGUUUAGUACUUGGUUUAAGUUAGUGAGAAAACGGUGAUACGAUAUCUCCGGGUUUCCAACUAUCUCGCAUAACGAAUACGGGCCUAAGUUUUGCGAAGGGUUGGGUUGUAACUUGCAGGAAGAGUCAUGUAGAUAGAGAGAAUCUGAGAGCCGAAAUCCAUGACUUGAUAGGCUAUAUUGAUAUCUCCAUUUUUCCGAAAAAUAAAUUGC